GGCACACAUUAUUUUCUCUGAAGUUGACAUAGACAAAUAAAAUAGAAUUUCUGGUUAAAUUGGAACAACUGAAAAAAUAUCUAUGGAAAAUGUCUUUGUGGAUGGAGUUCAUAUCGCUCUAUGAGCUGCAUGAAUGGCUUUCAUUUGGCUUGGCCAUCUUAGUGAUAAGCUGGAUAUUUGGAUAUGCAGCCUAUAGAUGCAUGCGUACCCAAUAUCCGACCUACGAUGAUGAGGACUUGGCGCCACCAGAGCACGUGCCGUUGUAUGAGCCCCUAAGUGGACUCAGUUUGACCAAGGAGCAGCUGCUGACCUACAAUGCAAAUAAUGAGCAGGGCAAAUAUUUGGUGGCGCUGCAGGGCGUGCUCUAUGAUGUGACAAGUGCGCCGCAGGACUUUGGACCCAAGGGACACUUUAAGGCGCUGGCUGGCACAGAUAUAAUGGAGCAUAUUAAAAGCAACGCUCGCUUUGAGGUGCGUGAUCUGAACACGUGCAUAAUGGAAUGGCAAAAUAUGCUCGAGGAUAAUUUCUAUGCAGCUGGAGUGCUUGAGGAUGAACUAAAAACCGAGCUGGAGGACAAAUCGGAGUACAAUUCGGCGAAUGAGGCUGAGGUAGAAGAGGCUGAUGAGUAUAUGGAGGCAGACACCAGCGGUGCCUUCACAGAGCAGGACGGCAACGUAACGGUUGUGUGGAAUGACAUGGAUGCAACGAUGAUGCCGCUGACUUCAGAGUGUUAGUUAUGCUCUGGCGCUGCUGCCUGCACUCUAUUUCAGACUAUAGAAUAAUCCUUAAAGUAGACUAUCAUGUCAAAGCAGACAGCGGCAGACACUUAACCCCGCAUAAGCCUCAUAUUUGAACUUAAGACCCUGCCUUGCUACCCACAACAUAAAUAAAUAUCGGUCGGAUUUAAUGUAUCUGCAUGGCCAGCCAA